CAGGCAAGCGCUCAGCUAUGAGGAUUGGCGUGCCCAGCGGCAGCUACAUUUCCUUGCUGGCGCCAGCGCUGCUCGUCUCAAUUGGCUCCAUCGACCCGGGGAAUUGGGCCACCUCCAUCGAGGGAGGCUCGCGCUUCGGCUAUGAGCUCGUCUGGGUCGUCUUUCUCGCCAAUCUCAUCGCUCUGCUGCUCCGCUCGCUGGCCACGCAUCUCAAUCUCGUCAGCGGCAAGCAUCUGGCUCAGGCUUGUCACGAUGAGUAUCCCAGCGGCGUGUGUCUGCUACUCCUCUUCUUGUCAGAGCUGUCGCUGGUAGUUCUCGACAGUGCCAUGGUCCUCAGUAGCGCAGUGGGACUUAAUAUGGUGCUCGGGCUUCCCGUGCUUGUGGGGGCGCUGCUAGUUGCUCUAGACGUGUUUUUCCUGAUGGGAUUCGUGCCUUUUCUGGGCCCCGGAAAGGCCGAAGUUAUCCUCGGGGUCAUCGUGUUGUCCAUGGUACUCGUUUUUGUGCUGAAUGCAUUUGUGAGCAGGCCUCCAGUGGUGCCCAUCCUGGGAGGGCUGUGGCCCAGGCUUAAAAGUGACAGUCUUUACGCUGUCGUUGGUCUCCUGGGAGCUAAUAUCAUGCCCCACAAUCUUUAUCUUAACUCCGCACUGGGCCAGGAGCAGCGAAAGGCCGACCGGAUUUGCUGUGCUCCCACUAUCCUUGACUUUAUACUGACUGCCGGAAUGCCUGCCGCUAUCAAUUUGGCUGUUAUGGUAGUAGCGGCAUCAACUUUCCACAGUGCGGGCUUUGCCGUCCUUACGCUUCAGGACGGCUGCGUUGUUAUGGAACAGGCUCUGAGCCGGUCGGUGGCGCCUCUGGCUUUCGGCUCAGCUCUGCUUGCUGCUGGAGUUUUCUCGACACUAACAGGGACGUUGGUCAGCCAGGUUGCUAGUGAGGGACUUCUCGGGAAACGUAUCGACGCAUGGCGUCACCGGCUUGUGAUGCGAGCGGCAGCAGUGACCAUCGCAGUUUUUUGCGCCUGGUCGUAUGGCAACGAGGGGAUUUACCAGCUGCUCGUCUUAUCUCAGGUUAUACUCGCUCUUCAGCUUCCUUUCACGCUGGUUCCUCUCAUUCGGCUGACGUCGUCUGCGGCUUACAUGGGGAAGAACAAGAUCUCUUCACUUUGGGAAGUGCUCGCGUGGUCAGUAUUGGCUUUCGUGAUAUCACUCAACCUCUGCUUGGUGUUUAGUACGCUCUUUAGCCAGAGCGAGGAGUUCGGGGGGUCUACAAACUGGGAGUUUGUGGCUGGUUCUGAUUCCAACUCUCUGACCGUGCCAGUCGCUCUCACGGUGGUGACUGCUGCGGUCGGCUUUCUAGUCUGGCUCAUCUUUGCUCCGAUCAGGUCCGACACUCCGGCUUUCGCUGUUGAAGAGAAAGAUGGUCAGCCCAUGGACAAGGAGAAGGAUCUAGUGUAUUACAUUCCUUUGGAUGGCAACAGUUCCAGGAGUAGUGAUGUAGGAACCGUCGAGGACAUCAUCAACACUGAAAGAGCCGAGCUGAUAUCGGAGAGUGAGGUCGGGACUGUGACUGUGGUGGAGUCUGAAGCCGAUGAGUGCCUGCCAGUGUUACAGCAAAGUGAAGUUGACGCCAGCCAUCUCAGCGACAGUGUACGUGAAGAUACAGGUGAAGAGGAAGCCAGCAUUACCGCGACUUCCAACAGCUCCGAUGUUGGUACUGAAGAAUGCCCGUCCUCGCGUGUUGAUCACCAUCAUAUCGACCAUCAUAUCGAGCCCGAGCCAACUUCUGUUCCAACUAACGACAACGUUCCAUACAGUAGCGGCGAAACAAGUGCAGUAGCCUCCUCUGAAAUUGGCGGACUAGACAAGGACGCUAUUUCCCUGGAGAAGGACGAGGAAGAAGCCGAAAGCUGGGAGAAUCUCGAGCAGGACUGCGCGGUUAUGAGCUCAGCUCUGAGCUUAACUUAUGAAGGGAUUGAAUCAGUAAUAAGUACCAGGAAGGAGUCGAGCGACGGAUGCUCGCAUGGAAGCGAAAGCGGAAGCCUCUCGAGGUUGUCUGGACUGGGGCGUGCAUCACGAAGACAAUUUGCUGCUACUCUGGAUGAGUUUUGGGGACGACUGUUCGACUUACACGGCCAACCCGUCAGGUCCGACUCGGUGAUCAAACCAAGCGUCUCUCAGAACAGCCGGACGACGCACUCCGACAAUGGUCCAUUCGCCGCUCCUCGACAAGCUGCGAAGCGGGACUACAAGAGUUGCUUUUCCGGCUCCGUGGAUCCCUUUGGACGGGUGCACUCCAACUUGGCCGCUUCUACGUCGUCCCAGAGCCCGAGCAACAGGUGGUGCUUCGACUACAAAAGUGGCUACUCAGGUGGCGACCAGCGGUACUCGAGUUUGCGAAGCUUUGCAGCUCACGAAGAUCUGGACUGCCAACCAGCGACAAUUCACGGGUACAACAUCGCUUCCUACACUAGGCCAGGCAGCGUGGAGCAGCAGUCAAGCGCUCGAGCACGCUCGUCCCUGCAUUUGGACGUGGCUUCACGUACAGGUGGCUGCCUUUCCCAAGUGCCCGCUUCUUAUUACGCCAAGGCAAACUUUGAUCAGUCCGACACCAUGACUCGUGUCUUUCAGCCAACGCAAGACAUGUUCUCGGCUUCCAAAGGUGGUCAACGAGGCGUUGAUGAUACGUCGUCCUGGCUACCAAGGUCCACGGACUACGAGCAGUGGAGCUCCUUCUCGAACAACUCGGUAGACAAGUGGAAUCCACUCGUAUACAGGGCCACCGGUGAGCUGGACAAGUCGCUACUCUCGCAUCCCAUUGGGAGAUCGGAGAACUCGGAGAGAACAACCUUGUCCUUUGACGACAUCUCUCCAUCGCAAACACACAGGGACGGCUUCUCGAUACAGGCUGCUGCGCAACAGACCGAGUCACUGUGGUCGAGACCAGUCGAGCACCUCUUUGGAGCUCCCGGCGAGCAGAAGUCCGUGGCUACGACGAACAACGCAAACAACAACACCAAGGCAUUCCGACUCUCCACCGGGGUUGAGUUCGGGCUUGACACUUUGGAGCAGCUGCGCCUGUGCGUGAGGAAGCUGCUACAGCAGGAAGGAUCCGAGUGGCUGUUCCAGAUCGACAAUGGCUGCGACGAAGAUGUCAUUGCCGGUGUCGCUGCUCGAGAAAAGUCCCUGCUCGACUUGUCGGAGCCUGGGGAGGCCGCCAGUGUAUAUAGCAACGGGACGUCCAUCUGGAGCGUCAACAAGGUGGUGGUGCCCGGGGUGCCGCACUGUGGCGACUCCUGCGUCUGGGGAAGCGGCCUCCUCGUCAGCUUCGGAGUGUGGUGUGUGCAUCGUGUGCUGGAGCUGGCACUCAUGGAGAGCAGGCCCGAGCUGUGGGGGAAGUACACUUACGUACUCAAUCGUCUCCAGGGAAUUCUGGAUCCUGCGUUUCUAAGUCCGAGAACCGUGCUGCCGCCGUGCAUAUGCUUGCAGGGGUAUCAACUCGUUGGCAGGCGCAACGAUGCGGCUGGCUGGUCGUCGUAUCCAUUCCCCUGGCCGUGGGGGCGGAACACAAGCAAUCCCAGUGGAAAGGCCGCGAGCGGCAACCUCUACCUGGACAUGAUCAAGGAGGUGGAGACUGCCGUCGGAGCGAGGAAGGGAAGAACAGGGACUGCUGCUGGAGACGUCGCCUUUCCGAAAGGGAAGGAGAACCUUGCAUCGGUGUUGAAGCGGUACAAGCGUCGGCUUGGAAACCACAAGAGUGGCAGCUGCAAUCGAAGGUGACGCUCUAUACUCUCUCUUUUCUUCUUCCUCUUCUUGUUCUUCGUUCUUUUUUCGCUCGAGCUUCUUUUUUUCCCUCCAUAUAAUGUUGAUGGGCUCCCUUUUCGCAUGAAAUAUAGUUCCAGUUUUCGAGCUCUC